AUGAUCAGAAGAUGGCUAACUAUAAGUAAGUCUGGGAAGAAGAAAAAGGCUGUUAAUGAUACCAUUACAGAAGAAGUAGAAAAGGUUGACUUUAAGCCUGUAAACCACGAUAUAAAUGAUGAACUCUGUUAUAGCGAAUCAUCCGAUAAUCCCUCUAGCUCAUUGUUUGUCUCUAAUUUGGAUACCAAGGAAACUUUUUUGAAUGAAGACAAUAAUUUGCAGAUUUCUUCCGGACUAGACUAUUCUUCUGAAACGUGCAAUCAAGGCAGUAAUUACAGCCAGGAUGGGAUAUUUUAUAUUUCAAACGCAAAGGCUAUAAACGCAUACGGAGGCAUUAUCACGCAAGGGCCCGAGGCACCCAUAUUAGCUAUGAAGGUGUCCGACUCAAUGCCCUAUGGAGACGGCUCCAACAAAGUUUUUGGAUACGAAAAUUUUGGCAAUACAUGUUACUGUAACUCAGUUCUUCAAUGUCUCUAUAAUCUGUCCUCAUUACGUGAAAAUAUAUUGCAAUUUCCAAAAAAAUCAAGAGAAUCUGAUCAACCAAGAAAGAAAGAAAUGAGAGGUAAGAAACCAAGAAUAUUUACCGAAGCAAGUUUUGAGAAAAGCAUUGCUGGUACCAAUGGACAUUUGCCUAACCCUAAACCUCAAUCUGUUGAUGAUGGAAAGCCUACCCCUGUAAAUUCUGUAAAUUCAAAUACAGCUGGGCCUUCAGAGAAGAAGAGUAAAUUUUUUAAAAGUUUUAGCGCGAAACAUGUACAAGACAAUAAUAAAAAGGAAGGAAGUCCUGCUAUAUUAACCACUGGAAAACCCUCUUCUCGUCCUCAAGACGCACCUCCAUUGAUAGUCGAAACACCUAAUGAGCCUGGUGCUCCGAGCAGAUUGAGUUUCGAGAACGUCACAGAUAGACCUCCGGAUGUUCCGCGUAAAAUAAUUGUUGGCAGAGUUCUCAAUUAUGAAAAUCCUUCAAGAGGUAGCAGUAAUAGUAAUAACCUGGACUUGAAAGGAGAAAGUAAUAGCAGCUUAUCCACUCCACUUGAUAAAAAAGAUACUAGAAGAUCUAGUUCCUCUUCUCAAAUAUCCCCAGAACAUAGAAAGAAAUCCGCACUUAUUCGUGGGCCAGUGCUCAAUAUUGACCAUAGCUUAAACGGCUCAGAUAAGGCUACUUUGUAUUCCAGUUUGAGAGAUAUCUUUGAAUGCAUAACUGAGAAUACGUAUUUAACUGGUGUUGUAUCGCCUAGCUCUUUUGUUGAUGUUCUCAAAAGAGAAAAUGUAUUAUUUAAUACUACUAUGCAUCAGGAUGCUCACGAAUUUUUCAAUUUCUUAUUAAACGAGUUGAGUGAAUAUAUAGAACGUGAGAAUAAAAAAAUAGCAGCCAGUGAUAUCAACAGCGAUAGCGAACCGAGUAAGAGUAAAAAUUUCAUCAGUGACUUGUUUCAAGGCACUUUAACGAAUCAAAUAAAAUGUCUGACGUGCGAUAACAUUACAUCUAGGGAUGAGCCAUUUUUGGAUUUCCCCAUAGAAGUUCAGGGAGAUGAGGAAACAGAUAUACAGGAAAUUUUGAAAAGUUAUCACCAGCGAGAAAUGCUAAAUGGCUCAAACAAGUUUUAUUGUGACGAAUGUUGCGGUUUACAGGAGGCAGAGAGAUUAGUUGGUUUGAAGCAAUUGCCUGAUACUUUAACAUUACACUUGAAAAGAUUCAAGUAUUCUGAGAAACAAAACUGUAAUAUUAAGCUUUUUAAUAACAUUCACUAUCCUCUGACGCUAAAUGUUUGCUCUUCAAUAAAUUCUAAGGUUUGUCAAAAGUAUGAAUUGGCUGGGAUUGUCGUUCAUAUGGGCGGUGGGCCACAACACGGCCAUUAUGUUUCCCUAUGUAAACAUGAAAAGUUUGGCUGGUUGUUAUUUGAUGACGAAACGGUAGAGGCAGUUAAAGAGGAAACAGUGUUAGAAUUCACAGGUGAAUCUCCAAAUAUGGCAACAGCAUAUGUUUUGUUUUAUAAAGCGAUGUAUUCAAACGCUGUUGAAAAGAAUGAUCGUGAAAAUAUGGCAAAAGAACAAGAUGAUAAUAUAGACAAUCUAAUCAAGUACGAUGAUUGGCUAAGAACUUGCAAUAGUGGUCAAAAGAAAAAGGAAGAGCUGCCUAUAGCAGACGAUUUGGAUACUGCUAUAGACGACAGCUUUGUUUCUAACACACCCAUAAAGUCUUCUAAAAAAAAGUCGAGAAUGUUUAGUUUUAGGAAAAGCUGA